AUGUCGAUUUCGGUGCCAAGAAUACAAGCCAUCGCCAUCGUCUCGCCGAUAAGCGGACCCAUCUACGUACGUCAGUUCAGCAAAGUACAAUCAGAGUCCAAAGCAGCAGACCUUCGCUAUCACUACUUUGCACACGCAGCUUUGGACGUGAUGGACGAGCGCAGCGGCGUCUCUUCCUCUCGCGCCAAUUCAGAGCAGUACCUUGGCCUGCUCUAUACUAUAGAGGACCUGGCAAUCUACGGCUUCCAAACAUGCACGCAGCUUCGAUUUCUGAUUAUGCUCUCGCUCACUGACCAUGCAGUGAGAGACAUUGACAUGCUUACACUCUUCAGAGCGAUAUACACCUCGUAUCUCAAAUACUCGGCAAACCCGUUUCACUCCUUACCACCCGCCGCAUUCGCACCUGAAAAAGACCAGCAGAAAGAAGACAGCCAAGCAAGGGCACUGAGGCUGCAGGAGGAAUCACAGUCGAGACAGCAGUCAAAUCUUGCCGUCAAUUGUCGACAGAUCAAGAGCGCAGCAUUCGAUGCUCGUAUCAAUCGCAUCGUCUUUGGCUCUGCUGCGAAAGCGCCAGCACCUGCAACCAAAGAUGGUACCUCAAUAACAAGUAUCGUGACCAGUCGGUGA